CUAAUCUGAGUCAUCUGACCGCGAAGACCUAAACCCUCGACCCAGUGUACAAAACCCUAGCAGCGUCGCCGCCUACAAUCAUCUGAGCUCGCUAGUUGGAAAAUAUGAUUACGGCGAAGUGCUCCGUCCGACAACUCUUUCUUCGGUCGGCUGCGGCGACCAAGAUGAGAUUCUGUGCUGCGGCCGCUGCGACAUCUUUGCCGGCCGACGCGGCUGUAGCUACGGCGGUCGGGACUAAAGAAAAGGGUCCGAGCGUACUGUACAACCGUCUAUCGUCUCUGGGGAGAUCUCCCGAGGAGAGUGUCACGAUGACGCUGGACAAGUGGGUGAAUGAAGGGAGGUCUGUGCGCGCGGCUGCGCUGAUUAGGUACGUUAAGGAAUUCCGCAGGUACCGGCGCCACGCGCACGCCCUUGAGAUCAUGGAGUGGAUGGAAAACACUAAACAUACAAAAAUGACUCACGACAUUCAUGCAAUGCGCCUAGGCCUCAUUGCUAAAGUCAGGGGUAUCGAAGCAGCAGAGAAAUACUUUUCCGACUUGCCUGAACCAGCCAAAAAUAGGCACUCGUAUGGAGCCCUUUUGGGUAGUUAUUGCUCAGAGAAAAAUAAGAAUGUUGAUAAAGCUAUUUCUCUUUACAAUGAAAUGAAGAACCAGAACAUAGCCUCGAAUACUGAGGUCCAUUUCAACUUAAUGUCCCUUUAUAUGAGGUUGGGCCAGCAUGAGAAGGUUCUCACCCAGUACCAAGAGAUGAAGUCAGAUAACAUAGUUCCAGAUACGAUUACUUGCUGCAUCCUGAUGAACUGCUAUGCCUCAUUGAAUGACAUUGAAUCAGUAGAGCGAGUUAUAAAAGAAGCAGAGGAGGAUAAACAAAUUAAGUUGAGAUGGUCCGCAUACAGUACCUUAGCUUCCAUUUAUUGCUCAGCUGGUCUAAUCACGAAAGCUGAGUCUGCUCUCAAGAAGUCUGAAAAGCUUAUAGAUGGUCGAGAUCGUCAGCCUUAUCAUUUUUUAAUCAAUUUAUAUUCAAGGAUUCACAAUUUCGAGGAGGUGAAAAGAAUAUGGAAUUCCUAUAAGACUGUCUUUCAAAAACCUACCAAUAUUAGCUAUCUCACCAUGCUGCGGUCCCUGGAUAGACUUGAUGAUAUCAAUGGGCAGCAAGAUUUGUAUGAAGAAUGGGAAUCUGUUUGCAUGAGCUUUGAUGUGCGGUUGACAAAUGUGAUGAUAGGUUCGUAUUUGAGAAAGAAUAUGAUUCAACAAGCGCAGCGGGUUUGGGAGAAAGCUUCAGAAAGGGGCGCUGUUCCUGAUUUCAAGACUUGUGAUAUGUUCUUAGAUUACUACUUGAAGAACAAUGACAUUGAUUCUGCUCUAAUGUGGUUAGAAACAAGAAUUUCAAGGAUGAAACGGAAUGAGUGGAAGUUAAGUCAAGACCAAGUGAACACUUUCCUGAAAGCCUUUGAAGACGCAAAGGAUGUUAAAGGGCAAGAGAGGUUCUGCCAGUGCUUGAGACGGCUCGGGCAUCUUGAUUUAAAUGCAUGUGAAAAGCUCCUUCUAACCUAUUUGGCUGCAGAUGCAACGGAUCCUACACUUCGCCAAAGGAUUAAAGAUGAUAAGAUACAACUGAACUCCCAAACUAACAAAUUGCUUGAUAUGGUCUGUGGAGCUAAUGAAUAGUCAUCCUUUCUAUAGCAUAUGUUAUUGCACUCCCCUCUAUGGAUAAGAUUUAGUCAAACACAACUUGCAAUCUUGUUUGGCGGAUUUAAUAUUCCAUGGAUAUUGCGUAUCAUUUUGAGUUAUUGGAAGUCAUCAGCUGUUUUAAUU